AUGGCGGUGACAACACCAGUGAUGGGGCAAGGGCCAAAAUUGAGCCAUACCCCACCUAGUCGAGAAUCCAAUUCGGGAAGUCCUGCUGGGAAGUUUCUCAGGACCCUUUCCGGAAGAUCUUUGAGAAGGUUCAGUAGAUUAAAACGAAACAGUAAUAGUGCAGCUAGUGCCGUCACAACUUUUAAUGCCACGGUAAAAACGAUAGAUGAGAUUGAAGGAAACUUCUGGAAGCUGAACGAAGCUGUUCAAGAGUUCACUCCUUCUAUGGACCAGAAGAAAAGACCUAGUCCCUUGAAUUUGAAGAUGUUGAGUCCUCCGCUAACAGUUGAGAGGAUUGUUCCGGAUAAGGGCACAUGGUGUGAGUUGGGGACUCCUAUUAAAAUGGAACCGUCUCUAAAGGAGAUGUCACGGCCUUCACCACAUAAACCUUUGGGACUUGAUCUCUUUAGGAAUAGGAAUUCUUCCGGCCAGUGGUUCUUUCCCAGGAGUCAGUUGGAGGAUCACGAAUAUUAUCAUGAAGAAGAUUCACCAACAUUCUUGGUUAUGCAAAGGAGGGAGUCAGGAAAUAAAGUAACCACACCCGGAGCUAAACGGUUCACGGAAAACGUAUGCACCAUUUGCGGAGAAUAUUUGAAUGCAUUGUUAGCAGGUGAAAGAGUUAUAGAAUUGUCAUGUGAACAUCAAAGUCAUUACCAAUGUUAUUCAGCAUUAUUAGAGAGUACACUUCCUAAUGACAGAUACCCACGCUGCGAAGGUUGCUUAAAGGAAUGCAAACCAAAGGAGGAAGAAAUUUUAAACAACAUGCAAUCAGCUCUUUUAUUAACGAGAACUGUGGCAACACCCCGCGAUAGCAUAAAACCAUAUACAUUGAAGUUAGAAACAACUAGGUUUGAGAAGUCGUUGUGCAGUUUAUACACCCCUUGUGAGCAGCUGAUUAAAAGUACUGAUGUGAGUUCCAACGGAUUUCGGACUCCAAAUGGUAUUGCAGAUCCGCAUAGACUCAGUUACAAUCGUGUUGAAGAUGACGUAACACUUGACUUCCCAAAUUCUGCAGCCACCAGCAAAUUAAUAGAAAGUCCCAUUGAUUUAGACCUUGGGACAGAGUCUGUAAAAGUUAAUAUUAUCCCUCAAGUGAAUAAAGUUAACGUUAACGAAAAAUCUGAAUGCGUUAUCUUACCGUUUGUUUUGAGCUGUUAUGUUCCCAAUAUCAAGGUGCAACAAGAAGCUGUUGUGCCCGAAAACAUAGCUGAUAACAACAUACAGGAAAAAAUCAUUGGUCACCUGUAUUCCAAGUUAGGAGACAUUGCGAUCGAUUCUGGAAAGUUGAGGCUUUUCGAUAGGCUACAAUAUUCUCUCGACGGAAAUCAAUGGACCCCUGUUGUUUUAUACUUCUUCGAAAAGUGUCUUUUGUUAGUGCAACAAGGGGAUUCAAAUUUUGGCGAUCAAGAUGACGAUGAUCAAGAUACGAACACUGUUAGGAUCAUUGGGAAGAUACCCAUGAAUCAACUAUCAAGCUUUCACAAGUACGACCCCAAUACGCUGAUACUAGAUUUGAAAAGCCUUUCGUUUCCAGAAGUGUACCUCCAAAGCUCGGACACCAGUACUGGGUUGAUAACCAAAUGGUACUUCUACCUAGCUAAUACCGAAAAGGAAGUACCUGUAGUUCAACAAACCACAAACUGUUGGUCAACGCUACCAAGUUACAUUUUGGACCACAUCCCAAAAGAAUUAAUUUCAUAUAAUCAACUUACUGGUGAUGGUCUUGGAAUGCCGACUAACUUUGACCGUCUUCCAUCCUCUGAAAACGAUACCUCAACAACAGGAGUGGCAGGGUCAAACGAUCCGGGGAAGCUGCAAAUCGUAGUUGCGGUGAGUCUGAUUAAUUGUAACAAAAACUUGCAUACCAAUGAGCAAUUAUUGGAAAUCAUACAACGGAAAUUGCGUGAGAUUAAAAACGCUUUAAAUGGGGAGGACCUGCUCGGUCUUGUACUGAUAUCCAAAAGUGGUAUACAACAGGGAAGGUUUUAUGGAAUGGUAUCCAAACACUGGGAAUCAUGGGAUGAGAUCAUUAAUGAGUUGGCAGUGCAUAACAAUGAAAGCAAUAACGCCACCAAGGAGAAGCAGGAGGAGCAGGAGGAUGAAUUGGCCCAAUUGAUGCAGACAUGCGACAGGCUACUAAGCACUGUAGACGAACCAUCGGAAUACUUGAGGCAUUUGGUCAUAUUAGGUAACGACUAUGAUGAUAUAGGUACCCUUCCAACCCACGUAGGCAAAAAAUUCGAAUGGACAGAAAGAUACACCAACAGGAUCUUGAACGAAUACAGAUUCUCAAUCACCCAUUAUGUCACUGCAAAUAGCUAUAUUCUUCUGAGAAACCAUGUCAAGGGACUGACCUACAACAUAGAUACACAGAUCGUGUCUCAGAUCGCGGAUGUCGAUGUCCAAGAGUUGCUGAAAAAUCUCCAUUCAAAAGUAAUUAACCAGCUCCACGUCGAACUGAAAAGCUUCGAUCCAAAAACCGCAUCCUUCGAGAGGAUCGAACGCAAUGGCCAAAUGACACCAUGCUCCUCCGAGGAAUCUUUGUCUCUACAAAUAGGGGGCCUCAAACCAGGCGAUUCGAAAAGCAUACUAUUUGAAAUGCGACUUGCUACAAAUAGAAUAAAACAGUACCUAGGAGAAUUCGACUACUCCCACCCCACCGACUCCAGCACCUGCAACUUCCAACCGCAAAAGCCAAGCGUAUCCUUGUCCCUUACAGAAUGCUACUACCAGACCAAAUUUAACAACAAUCGUAAAAAAAGAGCCAACGCAAUUAAAGUACAAUUUAGCUUCCAGCACUCAAGCUACUCCCCUCUGUCCAGCCCGCCAACCACCACCUUCAACCAAACAACUACAAAAAAUAAACCAUCCCUCCUCCCCACCGACCCUGACAACCCGUUAUUCAUCGACAUCCCUCUAGUAGCCCCCUUGACCCCCUCAAGAGACUCCAUCUUCGUAACAAGACAAUUACAAUUCCUAGUAAUAGAUGCCCUCAACAAAAACGUUGACCAAUACCUCGCCGCCUCAGAAAACCACCUGCCGUUAAUGCCUCAGUCCACCCUUCGAGAACUCGUAUCCGUCCUCUUCGGAAUUAGCAGAAACUGCGUCUGCACCCUCCCAACAUACUACAAAGACCUAGACAACCUGCUACCGAUCGCACCUUACACGGAGUCUCUAUGUACAAUUCUCGAAGAAAUCGCCCAAGAAUACGACCUCGCACUUUCCGACAAUACUGCCACUGCUACUGCUACCGCGACUCCCACUCCUCACCCCAAAUGGCUACAUCACGCCCGCACCCUCCUCAACUCCCUUAUAUAA